AUGUCCACGAUGGGGGUGAGUCCAUACUACUCGGGAGGACUGGGAAUCCCAUACAUGAUGGGCAUGGGAGGGAUGGGGUACGGCCUCGGCGCGGGGAUGUACGGGAUGGGAAUGGGUAUGGGGUACCCAUAUGGCAUGAUGGGAGGGUACAGCCCCUACAACUGCUCUGGGAUGUACGGGAUGCCAUUCUGA